AUGACCAUCGAAUCACCAACAGCAACUGUACUUGGGCUUCGAUGGGAUGCAGCAGCAGAUGAGCUAUUUUUCAAGGUAGAUCUGAAAGAGAGCUUAGGCUUCCUAACGAAGCGACGGGUACUAAGUGCCGUCGCAAAAUUAUUCGACCCUACCGGCAUACUGGCACCAGUUGUUAUUACUGGAAAAAUAUUCAUACAAAGGUUGUGGGCGGCUGGCUUGUCGUGGGACGAACCACUGCCAGAUGAACUUCAAACCACCUGGGUAGCCUUUUACAGCGAACUCGACGUAAUAAACAAAAUCCGGAUUCCGCGAUGGCUAGGUAUGGCUGAAGGAAGAGCUACUACCCUGCUAGGAUUUUGCGAUGCCAGUACGCUCGCGUAUGCAGCUGUAAUAUAUAUUAGAGCCACAGAUGCGGAAGGUCAUUCAGCUGUAUCACUGCUUACGGCUCGUACCAAGGUGGCGCCCCUUAAAGGAGCAACGAUCCCGCGUCUGGAGCUUUGUGCCGCACAUUUGCUCGCUGUUACCCUCGAAAACGUACGUAUUUCCUUGAGAUUAACAGAUACUCCUUAUUACCUCUGGUCUGAUUCUCGGAUUGUGUUGUGUUGGCUACGCAAGCCGCCCACUACUCUAAAGCCGUUUGUGUCGAACCGGGUGCAUCAAAUACAUGAGUUAACCUCACCAAACUGUUGGCAUUAUGUAAGAUCAGCUCAGAAUCCGGCAGAUUGCGCCAGUAGAGGUAUUCGGGCAUCGCAGCUGCUGGAUCAUCCACUGUGGUGGCAGGGCCCAGGAUGGAUUAUGGAUAAGCAUACACCCAACUUCUCUGUGAUUGAAUUAAACGACGAGGAGCACAAUAUUCUGCAAAGCGAACAAAGAGUUUCCUCCUUCGUAGCGACAACAACCCAUCAGCCAGCUCUCACUACUCGUCGACGUGAUGGCCAGAUGAUUCCGUUGAUUGAUUUGGCCCAAAUCCGAAAAGGAACUGGCGUAUCUAGUUCCAGCAAGCUAAAGUCAUUGAAUCCAUACAUGGAUGACACAGGCGUUCUGCGCGUCGGAGGCCGCAUCAGUAAGGCUGAUCUGCCAGAAGAUAGGCGUUUCCCCAUAAUCUUACCUAAACACGGUAGACUAGUCGAGCUGAUAAUCAGACAUGCACAUGAAACAACGCUUCAUGGUGGACCGCAACUGGUACUCCAAACUCUACGCUCGCGUUAUUGGAUAUUGAAUGGUAGACAAGCCGUUCGAAGUUACGGACAGAAGUGUGUUAUCUGCCGCCGACACCGUGGCGUGACUCUUUCGCAGCAAAUGGCAUCAUUACCAAGACAACGUAUCAGUACUUCACGGGCGUUUGUGUCUUCAGGGGUCGACUAUUGCGGUCCGUUUACGGUGCGCGUUGGCGCCAAACGGUCACGCACCAAGGUACUAUGGUACAACCAGCUUCAAACUUUGGCAGCCCGCAUCGAGGCAUGUUUAAAUUCCCGGCCGAUCACACCGUUAUAUGAUGACCCCAACGACAAAUUGGCUUUGACACCGGGCGAUUUCCUGAUUGGUGCACCACUGAUCGCCGUUCCUGAGGCUACGGUUACUGCAAUUCCUUCCAACCGUAUUAAGCAAUGGCUUUGGGUGCGUCAUGUACACCAAAAAUUUUGGCAACGUUGGAGCGAGGAGUAUUUAUCUACAUUGCAAACUCGCAACAAAUGGCAGAAACCUACAAGAGAUGUGCGGAGAGGUGACGUUGUUCUCGUACGAAACGAAAAUCUUGCUCCUACCCAUUGGCGUUUAGGACGCAUAACUGAGAUUCAUCCGGGCAGCGAUGGAUUAACGCGCAAUGUUACGCUUCGGACGGCGAGCGGCACCAUGACCCGGGCAGUACAAAAACUAUGUCGGCUUCUUGAUAGCGAACAUUUCGAGUCCACGGCCUCGACCGGGCAGGAUGUGCAGAAUUCGACUGAUCUGGCCACCACUUAA